AUGCUGUCCAAUCGUCUUAUCUCUUCCAUUCUUUACUUGAUACCCCUCCUCGCUCCCUCUGUGCGCGCCAUCAGCCCCUCCUUCCCCUACGGCAGCGAGAAGGUCCGCGGCGUCAACCUCGGUGGUUGGCUCGUUCUCGAGCCUUGGAUCACACCCAGCCUCUUCGAUGACACUGGCAAUGACGCCAUCGUUGACGAAUGGACCUUCGGCCAGUACCAGUCCAAGUCAGUAGCCCAGUCGAAGCUGCAACAGCACUGGGAUACGUGGAUCACCGAGCAAGACUUCUCCGAUAUCGCUGCAGCCGGCCUCAAUCAUGUGCGCUUGCCCAUCGGCUUCUGGGCUUGGGACGUAUCUGGCGGCGAGCCGUACAUUCAAGGCCAACUUCCAUACCUCCGAAAGGCUGUGGGAUGGGCGCAAAAUCACGGCCUGAAGCUCAUCAUUGAUCUUCAUGGCGCUCCCGGAUCUCAGAACGGUUACGACAACUCUGGCCACCGUCAAAGUGCGCCAGGAUGGCAGAACGCGCAGAGCAACAUAGAUCGCACGAACAAUGUCAUCAAACAGAUCGCCGCCGAGUUCAUCAGCCAGGUCGACAAUGUACCGAUCAUUGCGCCCUUGAACGAACCCGCUGGAUACUAUAGCUCCCAACUUUUGAACGAUGCUCGCCAGUACUGGAUGGACUCGUAUGGCAACAUCCGAUACCCCUAUGGCACCAGCCAGCAGAGCAACACCGUCGAGCUCAUCCAUGAUGCGUUCCAAGGCAUCGCGUAUUGGACGGGCUUCAUGCCUCCGGGUAACUUCGAGGGUGUGGCGAUCGACACGCACAUUUACCAGGUAUUCUCGGACGCGGAGAACGCCCGGUCCAACCAAGAUCAUAUCAAUAGUGCCUGCUCGAACGGCGCGACCCUGGCGAACUCUCAACUUUGGGCGAUCGUCGGUGAAUGGACACCGGCUAUGACGGACUGUGCCAAGUAUCUGAAUGGCCGCGGUGUCGGUUCGCGUUAUGACGGCUCGUACGAUGGCGAGACGCCUGUCGGCAGUUGCAGCGGCAAGACAGGUAGUAUCUCGCAGUUGAGCAGUUCAUACAAGACCUUCCUGCGCCAAAUGUAUGAAGCUCAGACGAGCACCUUUGAGCAGGGCGUUGGGUGGAUCAUGUGGACGUGGAAGGCAGAGAACGCGGCCGACUGGACAUACCAGGAUGGGCUUGACGGUGGAUGGAUCCCGCAGAACCCCACUAACCGCCAAUACCCCAACAUUUGCGGUUAG